UUACAAAUACGAAAAGCAGCAUGGGUUCGAGUCAACAAUUUUCUCUUAGAUGGAACAAUUACUUGAAACACAUUACUUGUGCUUUUGACACAUUAAGAACAGAAGAAGAUCUUGUUGAUGUGACUUUAAGUUGCGAGGGAAAAAGAAUAAGAGCACAUAAAAUGCUUUUAUCUGCAUGUAGCACAUAUUUCAGAGAUUUAUUUAAAGAAAAUCCUUGUCAACAUCCUGUUAUAAUUUUUCGUAAUGUAAAAUUUGAUGAUUUGGCUGCAUUAGUUGAUUUUAUGUACCAAGGUGAAGUAAACGUGGUUCAAGAACAAUUAGCUAGCUUUUUAACAACUGCUGAAUUACUAGCCGUUCAGGGUCUUACCGAUGGUACAGGAAAAGAUAACGAUAGUUUGGUCGAGGAUGACAUAGAAAUUCCCAAUGAACCUGAAAUCCAACUUCAGAAUGCUUCUAGUAAAUCAACAACAGAUAACAAGAGAAAUAAGUCACCUUCUUCUCCAAUGCCUUUUCACGCUGUUGAUCUACAACCUGAUGCUCCACCGAGCAAAAGACGAAAAUGUAGAGAAAAUGCAAAUACUAAUGUAGAAAAGGCUCUAGGUAAUGCCUUAACUACAAAAGAUUCUGAAAAUAAAGCAUCAGAAAAUCAGACGCCGACUGGAUCGGAUCCUGUUGAAAUAAUUCCUCUUAUGCCGAAUUUGAAAUUGGAAAUGCCUGAAUAUUUAGUACAAGAUGGAAGUAGCUGUAGUUACGAAGAACAAAGUUUAGGAGACAGUUCGCUAAAUAAAAUUGGUAUAGAAGAUACAUCAUCCAAUACUCCCGACCAUGAUCAGAAACCUGAUAUCACUCAAACAUUUUAUUCGAGUAAUCAAUCUACUUCAGAUAGCUUGGAUCUUAAACAUCAAGGAACAGAUGUUGGACACUUGCUUUCAAAACCUAGUACUUCUGGAGAAAGGUUAACACAAGAAGCAGUACAGGAUUCACGUACGGUGGUCAUCGAACAGCCGUCGCAUUCGUGCAAACUCUGCGGUAAAACAUUUUGGAAUCGGGACUCGAUGUACAAACACAUGAACAUGCAUAAAGGAACGACACAAUGUCCAGUGUGUCACAAAGUGUUGAGCCGCACUACACACAUGAAGCGACAUUUAAAAAAUCGGCACGGUUUCACCGGUGCCUCCACGGCGACCGAUGCCUCCAUUGCGACGUCCCUGCCGACGCCCAUUUCCGUGUCCUCCACGGCGAUCGCCCACCAAAACGCCGGAAGUCCUACCGCCGGCCUCGAGCCUAGCGCCACUUACACCACUAUACGCAUUAGGGAGAGCAGCGUCGAACGAAUCACCUCUAGUCCUAUUCCUUAGUCCGAAUACGCCGCGUCGAAAUUACGCCCCCGUCGACGGAAGAGAGGAUAAACAAGGAUCCUUCGAUCCUCUCUCCCUUUUCCACUAAC